GUGAAAUAACUAUCACAUUUUCGACUAACGAAAUGUAAACGUAGUCCUAAACAGUGGGGAUUACUGAUAGUUAUUUAAGUGUCAGUUGUUGUUUUUUUCCGUUCGGUUUUUUUUUUUUUUCGGUGGGCCUGAUUCGACUUGGCUGCCAGUAGGUGAUCACCGCCCUGAUAAUAAAACAGUUGAAUGCAGUAAUAACAAGAUAACACAGCAUCACUACAGGGUGGUAAUCAUAAAAUAAAUAUUAAAAAUCUAAAUUAAAUUAACUUAAAUAAAAAGAUACAAAAGAAUAUUUACUUAAAAAUAAAUGUAAUUUUGAAUCAAAAUACAUAAAAAAAGUUACAUUUAGUUCAUAGGGACACAAGAUCUGCUGGUGUGGUGUGCCUGCGUGCGUGUGCAUCAUUGUUUAAGUGCCAGUUUAAAAUAGUCCACUUCUGAAAUGUGAUAUUUUGGGGUGUUUCCACUCCUCCUCCUCCUCCUUCUUCUCCCUAAAAUAACCUCCUCCAAAGACUACAAACGCACACACACACGCAGACUCAAACACGCUGCAGCACUGGACAGUGUGUGCAGAAUGUGUGAAUGCAUAUGAAUGAAGCGGCUGUGAUAAUCUUACAGAUAUUUUGGAUCUUCUCCUGUCACUGGCACGGGACCAAAGCUGAGGUAAGUUCAUCCACACACCAUUAUCCAACUGCUGUGUCCUGAUGCAUGGGUUACAGUCCAAGCCGUCAACAAAACCACACCUGAUUGGUUCAAUCCCCAAAUCAGUGUAGGGCUGAAAUAAAGGACUCUGAACUGGUUCAAAUGUUUUCCCAGAAUUCUAACUAUGUGAGACUUUAACUCUUUUAAACUUGGCCUACAUGAAGUGAGGAAAUACUGUGCAAGUCUUUAUUGGGCAGACCUUAAUGUGACCCAUGAAGUGUUCUAAACAGAACAAGGGCUAAAAUGACCCUAAUCCAACAGAAAUAAAAUAAAAUAAAAUAAUGGGAAUCACAUUGGGAUUUAUUUGUUUACAAUUUAGUUAGCCUUCUACCCUGAUUAUCAGUUGUCCUGCUGGUCCUCAAAUGUAACUUCCUGCAUCAGGAAAAUGGGAUUGAAUGUAUCCAAUUGUUACUUGUGUUGUGGGCCUAUUCACUAGAACAUCAAUAACCUGCCUGUAUGGACUUAUCUGUGCAGAACUUGUUUCAAGUAGGACAUUAAAAUUACCAGCUGCUAUUUACAGAUUUUGGUGUGGCUUCUUUUUUAGGGUAGGGUUGGGGGGGGGGCGGGGUUGCUAAAGAACAGGUGGUGAAGAGGCAGUGCUCGCUGUUCCGCCGACCUCUGGGUCUGCGUGGUUGUUUCUAGAAUUUUUCGGGUUUCAUGUACAUGUGCAUUUCCUGUAGUGAAAGCACACUGUUGUUCCUCCUCGCCAGUUCCCAGAAUGAUGAUGAUAAGCGAUGACUGUCUGGUGGAGUGUAAGAUCAGCGAUGACAGUGAUGAAGAUGAACGAGCAGGAGGAGAACACAGGAGCACUCCACAUCCUCCUCCUCCUCCAGAGUUCAGGUCCAAGGCCCCGACCCCGGCCCCUAAACCUCCAACACCUCCCGCUGCUGUCCCUCCCUCUGUUACACCAACGUCUACACCCACACUGACCACUGCUGUCAGCAGAGACCCUCACGGUAUCAACAAGCACUUACAGCUGGACGUCAGCGAUAUUCUUGCCGAACCUGCCGCUCCUCGUAGCUUGGACAAGGUGUGGUCCUACAGCAUCGCAGCGUUCCAGGAGGCUCGUUUCUGGACUUACCUCCUCCUCACCACGCUGCUGGCUGUUCCAAUGGCUUUUCUCUGUGGACUUUUCCUGGCUGUUCUGGCUGCUCUACACGUGUGGUUUGUGGUUCCCUGCGUGCAGCUGAGCAACACCUUUCUACCAUGUCUUACGUCUGUGUGGACAUGUGCGGUUGAUGACGUCAUUUCGCCCCUCUGCUCGUCACUGGCGCUCUGCUGCAGCCAAAUUGCGAUUUCACUGUCUAACAAAGACUGGCGUCCAGUAAAGGACAAAGACGCUGCUUUGGUGUAGGAUCUAACAAUGAUCGACUGACCAAAAAAAGAAAUCACAGAACGGUCUGAAGCUGUUGGUUGGACAGAAGACCAGAAUGGGCUCUGCUAGUUUGGAUGGCUUCUAGAUUAGAUUAGAUUGGACUGGACUGGACUGGACAAGACAAGACAAUAUUAGGUUAGAUUAGAUUAGAUGUAAGUGUAACCUGUAGCGGCAGUCAUACUGCAGCACUAACUGCUGUCAUAACCACAUCCAAUCACAGAACCUAAUUUGAAUUGCAGCAACUUCUUAUUUUCACACCAAAGAUGCACUAAGUAGUACUACCUACUACCUAAAACCAUAUCAACCAUCUGGUUACAAAUGGCAUCAUUCUUAUCACGUUUUUGUAAAGAUUGUAGCUACAGUUCUUCAACUAAUUCCCAGUAUGUGCAUAAUACAUGCACUGAUGUAGAUUAUAUAUAUUUUUUAUUUUGUUAUUACCCUAGUUUACUUCAGUGUGGUGACCAGUUACUACAUAUCUGCUUUGUUUUUUCAUAUAAAUAUUUUAAUGUUCUUUUUUAUUGGAAAAAAUAAUAAUUAAAAAUAAUAAUAAAAAUGAAUAAAGAUCUCAGUUUAAAACCAGAAGAUUCUUCUUUAAAUUGCUAUAAAAAAAGCAUAAAAGGAAGUGCUUUAAUGCUACCAUACAAACCAAACUCUUACAAAACAAAACCUGUUAUACAACUGUUAAUGUUGGUGUUUGAGUCACACAAUAAUAAAAAGUGCCCUACAGAGGGUGAGGCAAAGAAUGUCAGAGUCUUGAUAUUAGGAGAGGAAAAUGAACUAAGCCAAAUGUUAGAUAACAUUUUGAGGUCACAUUUGUUCAGUCACAUUCCAUUCUUCCCAUGCACCUGGAUUUGUGGGUCUAAAUUUUUGACUUUGGGCUAAUUUUUAAAAAAUUAAAAUUGAAAGUAAAUUGUAAUUAUUUAAAAUGAUUUAAAUUAUUAAAACUAUAUCGGGCUAUUUUAAGAACUGUUAUAAGUGCAGUUAUUAUUCUAUUCUUGAACAUUUUACCUCAAUUAGCAUAAAUAAUCUCCAUUUUAUCAAUUCUGGUAAUUAUAUUUUUGGUAUUUGAAUUUUUCCCUGUAGAAAAAUACAACCAAAUUUCGAAAAAUAAAUAAAUUAUCGCACUAAAUGUUCUUG